CUCCACCAUGGCCGAGGUCUUGGACAGCUCUGCCCCAGGAGCGGUGGAGGUUUCUGGGGUGGACUGGCACAAGCGUUGCCUGGCUCUGGAGAUGCAGCUGCUCCGGUUCAGACUGCAGGCUGGGAAGAUCAGGGAGCUGCUGGCAGAGAAGAUGCAGGAGCUGGAGCAGAGAGUCAUUGAAGCGGAUCAGAGAGCCGACAAUGCAGAGAAACAGAUUCUCAUCAUGGAGGAAAAACUCAAGUCUGCCAACAUCCAAACCAGCGAAUCAGAGAGCUCAUUGUAUCGAAAGCACCAGCAACUAACCAAUCAGCUUCAAGAAAAAGACGCUGCGAUAAAACAAUUGGAGAACCAGCUGGAAAAACAGAUAGUGGUCAGAGCUCAGGAGUCAAAGAUAAUUGAAGAAAAAGCAGCUAAGAUUAAAGACUGGGUCACCAUGAAACUGCGAGAGAUGGAGCAGGAGAACCAGCAUCUGAAAAUGGCCAAUCAGAAACAGGCAGAACAAAUAACGCUUCUUCAGGAUAAACUACAAAUUUUGUUGGAGAAGCCGCCCUCCUCAUGUGGGACCAUCUCCCCGGCUCUGGACACUCAUCAGGUCCCUGUGAGUCCCCUGUUUCCCCCGGGCAGUCCUGGUUCCCCUCUGCCCCAGGACGAGGGCUGGAGGCCGGGAGGGUCCAGAGGAAACACCCCCCUUAUCAAAACUACACUCACAGAUCACAAAAGACCCCCAGACUAUCUCACAAAACCCAACUCCCACAUCGACGUGCUUCAUGAAGUCUUCUCCCAAAGCCGGACUUUUGGACCGGACCUGCUGGUUUUAGAUGGUUCAAACUCUGACCGGGACCACUCCUCUGAUGAACUCAGCUCCAAAUUCCGCUCUCAUUGUCUCCACUCUUCCUCGUCAUCAUCCUCCUCAUCCUCUGCUUACGAAAUGGCGCAUGGACCGAGCUCCCCUCCACCAAUCGCAUCUCUCCAAUCCCAAACUUCUAUGUUGUCUCGCUCUCCUUCCACCAACAACCCUUUUCCCAACCAAUCCAGCAUGACGCUCCCGAAAGUCCGCACCCCGGUAAUUCCAAGAGACAGCAUCCAGCUAGUUAAAAAACAUUACAGCCAACCACAACCCAGCCUUGAUAAGCUCCACCACUUUAAUGUAACUAUAGACAUCACAAACCCGUCCUCCACCUCUUCUACGCUGAAAAGUACAGGUACGAGCACGUCGCCAUAUUCACAGGCGGUGGAGGAGACGGAUAUCGAUGAUGCGUUGUCGGACAAUAUGGAGGGAGUGGAGGAGGGGGCGGGCCUGGAGGAAGCGUCCCCAGAUGGAGUGUCGUUCCUGGGGUUGGCGGAGGAGCUGGAGAGGCUGGAUCCGGAGGUGCUCAAACCGCCCACGCCUCCGCUGCAUCGGUUUCCAUCAUGGGAGAGUCGGAUCUACGCUGUGGCCAAGUCUGGGAUGAGAGUGUCAGAGGCCAGUGCAGGAGCCAGAGGAAGAGGCUUACCUCAGUAUCCAACCACAGGCCCCUUCUCUCAGCUCAUCUAUAAAAACAUCAGUGUUCCUGUCUACACCACACUCAAAGGGAAAGCCACUCAGAUCAGCAGUGUUCCCCUCCCUGAUGAUGACUCGGGUUCAGAGGACGACAGCAGCUCUUUGGCGUCUUUAAGAACCUCCAUUUUGAAUCUGGACAAAAAGGGGAGUGUCCCGGGCAGCCCACGAGCGGUCAAGAGAGGCGUGUCCAUGUCGUCGAUCAGCUCAGAGAGUGACUACGCCAUCCCUCCAGACGCCUACUCUCUGGACAGUGACUACUCUGAGCCUGAACACAAAGUACAGAGGACCUCUGCCUACUCCUGCGAGAGCGUCGGGCCGGAGACACUGGAGAAGUCGGGGUACCUGCUGAAGAUGGGCGCUCAGGUGAAAGCUUGGAAGCGACGUUGGUUUGUCCUCAGAAAUGGAGAAAUCCUUUACUACAAGUCUCCUAGUGAUGUCAUCAGGAAGCCUCAGGGUCAGAUUGAGCUGAACUCGUCCUGCCGCAUCAUCAGAGGGGAGGGCGCACAGACUUUUCAGCUGAUCACAGAGAAGAAGACGAUUUACCUGACAGCAGACUCUCCAAACAUCCUGGAGGAAUGGAUCAGGGUCCUCCAGAACCUUCUGAGGGUCCAGACCUGCUCCUCGCUCAGUGUCCUGACCAGAGCCAAGCCCACGGCCCGAGGCUGGUUGACCAAGGUCAAACAUGGGCACUCGAAGCUGGUGUGGUGUGCGUUAGUUGGAAAGGUUUUGUACUACUAUCGAAGCAAGGAAGAUAAGCUCCCCCUGGGUCAGCUGCAGGUCCGUGACACUUCAGUUCAGGAAGUAGAUCGGUCAUGUGACUCUGAUGAAGACUACGAGGCCGGAGGAAGAGGCUUCAUCUCGUCUCACUGCACUUUAGUGAUCCAGCCUCCAGAACAGAGCCCCACCUACCUGCUCAUCGGGACCAAUCAGGAGAAGGACACUUGGCUUUACCACCUGAGUGUAGCGGCUGGCAGCAGCGCCAACCUCCGAGUGGGAACAGAGUACGAACAACUCAUUGGAAAACUCCUGGACGAGGACGGAGACCCAGAAUCCCCUUUGUGGAGGAGUGGGGCCCUGAGCUUCUGUAAAGAUGGUUUGAGAGGACCACUAACCACUCUGCCAUCGGAGGCCCUGCAGACAGAAGCCAUCAAACUGUUUAAGUCAUGUCAGUUGUUCAUAAACGUGCUGGUGGAGUCUCCCUCAGUGGACUACCACACGUCCCUGGCCCAGAAUGCAUUGCAGGUGUGUCUGACCCACCCGGAGCUGCAGAAUGAGAUGUACUGUCAGCUGAUCAAACAGACCAACCGCCGCACGCCGCACAGCUACGCCCUCACGCAGUGCUGGCAGCUGUUGUCUCUGUGUGUGGCUCUGUUCCUGCCUCAGCAUCACUUCCUCUGGUAUCUCAGACAGUACCUGCAGCGGCAUGCAGAUCCACGGAGUGAGGUGGGUAAAUACGCCGUGUACUGUCAGAGGUCAAUGGAGAGGACUCUACAGAACGGAGAGCGUGAGGCCAGACCUUCGAGGAUGGAGCUCGUGUCUAUUCUACUGAGGAACCCAUAUCACCACUCCCUGCCGUUCAGCAUCCCCGUGCACUUCAUGAACAACACCUACCAGGUGGUGGGCUUUGACGGUUCGACCACAGUGGAGGAAUUCCUAAACACUUUAAACCAGAAGAUUCUGAUGAGGAAGCCUCAGCUUUCCGGGUUCUGCCUCUUCACUGACGAUCCUUCAGGGAAAGAUCUGGAACACUGUCUGCAGCCAACAGCCAAGAUUUGUGAUGUUAUUUCCAAAUGGGAGCAGGCCUUAAAGGAGCUACAUCCAGGAAAGAAUGAAGGAACUCGAAUCGUCCGGUUAACUUAUAAAAACAGGUUGUGUUUCCGCUCUCAGGUAAAAGGAGAGACAGAGCGAGAGCGCCUCCUUCUGGCCUAUCAGGUGAACGACGAGGUUCAACAAGGACAUUUCCCUGUGAACAAAGAGCUGGCUAUGGAGGUCGCCACCCUCAUGGCUCAGGUUGAACAUGGGGAUCUAGAGCGCCCCCCGGUGUCUCCCUCUGGUUCUCCUCAGCUUAAGUCUCAGCUGAUUCUGACUCAGGCUUUGGAGAAGUUUUACCCCAAAAGAUACAGACAGGACCUGAGUGCCGAGCAGCUCAGAGACCUGUCCGAGGGCUUUUCGUGUAAGUGGUUGCUUCUUCGCGGCUGCAGUUCGUCUGAGUGUGUGCGGAUUUACCUCACUGUGGCUAGAAAAUGGCCGCUGUUCGGCGCCAAGCUCUUCUCUGCAAAGCCACUGCCCCCUAGUGUCGUGGAGCAGACUCAGGUUUGGCUGGCGGUCAAUGAAGAUGGACUGUGUAUACUGGACUUGACAAUGCACCCCCUGGUGACGUAUCCAUACCAGUGCGUGGUCACGUUCGGCGGCUGUAGAGAGGACUUCAUGUUGGUGACGACACAGCAGAAGGAGUCUGGAGCCGGGAAGAAGAGUGUGGAGAAGCUAGUCUUUAAUAUGGCCAAACCAAAGAUUUUGGAGCUAACGUUGCUAAUGGCGAGCUACAUAAACCACUGGAGCCUCGGCGUUCCCUCUGCCCCCCCUCAAAACCCCUCCCACUGGGACACAGACAGCCCACACUUCCCCUCUAUGAACUACACCACCAAGGGACCCACGCUACUGUGACCAACGGCAACACAACAUCUACAAUCAUUUUGAACUUUGACCUUUGAGAGGCUCUUUAACACGAGCAGUUAAAAUCUGAUCUGUUUUGAAAAGAGCCUAAUUUUUUUCAUAUUUUUCUAUAAACCUACUCUGAAUGAACUUUAGAAACAGCAGGGCAGCAGAUCAGGUGACAUGGUGUUUUGCACAUUAAAAACAUUUUGCAUAGAAUUAGUAGUCUGCUUUUAUAUUGAAACCAUAGACUGUAUAUGUAAAUGGACAUAGCUAACCUGCUAGCCGCUGCGUUCCAAACAGGAAGUGAGCAUGGGCGCACUUCCGGCUCCAUCGACUCUGGCUGCAGUUCACUUUACAUUGAAAAACUGUGUCCCUUCUCUCUGUAACUGCUGCUGUCAGACUCGUCAUUUUUGCUCUACAUGAUCCUUGGGUUUUUGUUUUGCCAUUUUGUCUGUGAUGAAAGAUACACUGUCUGGCCAAAAAAAAAGUCACCAUCCGGAUUUAACUAAGCAAAUAUGUUGGGGUUGCUGCAGUUGGUCAGGUCUAGGUUCAGCAACAGUCUGUGCUCAAAGAAUGAGGUCAGCUGACACCUGAAUAUACUGAAUGACCAGGUUAUUCCAUCGAUUUUUUUCUUCCCUGAUGGCA